AUGGAUCACCAACAGCGCUACUGGAGUCAUCCAAGAGAAUUUGGCCAGGGUUCUCAUUCUUGCAAUGUCUGCUCAAACCUGCGUGGUCUGAUCUGGAAAUACGGCCUCAGUUGUGUUGCCAAUUUCCAUCAGUAUGUGAAGGAUAUAGGCUUCAUUAAGUUGGACUAA